CUAGCUCACUAAAGACACAGCACUCGCUCACACAUCCGUACAGAUGGGCUGAAUGUAAGUUCCCCUCGGGUUUGACACCAACGACAUUGAUUGCUGCCAUGCAUAUACAUGUACAUUUAGGAAAUAUUUGAUGCUACUGAAUACAUACCAAACAAGUUGAAAAUAAUAUUCCAAUUCUCUUGCUCAAAUUUUUAAAAUGAAGUUGGCUUUCAAAACUUUAAGUAGCUAUUAAAUAUAAGAAAUUGUUGACUGUGCAUGCGCGUGUGCGUUUGCGUUACUUUGUUUUGGUCUAUGUGAUAUGAAGCGGUCGACAUACAUGCGCCAUAUGUUUUCUCUCAACACAGCGAACAAAGCCACACAUUACUAUUUCCGCGUUGCACGUGUACACGUACGUGUUGACCCAAUUUGAGGUUUGCGGUACCCUGUGGAGCGUCUUAACUCCCGCCAAAUAGCCAUGCACGUGCUUCACAGAAAUGAGGCGUGGUCUGACAACGGUUGUAUAUUUCAAAUUGAUCGAUCAGACGGUUUGCAUAAUGAAUGAAAGAGUAGAGCUGCGACAUCGAUGUUUGUGUAUGCGACAUAUUGGUUGCUGUAAACCGACUCGCCGGGCAGGCAGAAACAGGAAGGAAAAGUGCCAACAUAUUGUACACUUGAGGCGACCAGGACACGGCUGCAGACGCCUCUGACGGGGUCGACAUGCCUCCACCGCCGUCGCCACGACAUGGGUAUCGUAAACUCAACGUCGAUAUGUCUCUGGUGCCAGCAAGUCAGCACAGUGUGUUCGUGAGAGGUUUGCCCCGAAACGCCUCGCCAGAUGACGUAAGAGAUUUGUUUGCUGGUGCGUGUGGGCACUGCUCGAUUGUGAUUCACAAAGUACGUGCCAAUGGCAAGUUCCUUGUUUUACGCUUCGAAAAGACGGAGGAGGCUCAACAGGCCAUAAACAAGUUUGAUGGCUGGGAGUACAAAGGCCAACAUUUCCUGCAAGUAGACUGGUACAAGGACGUUCUAAAGUACCACCUGGAGCAGAAGAAGAAGCAGUAUCCUGAUCGUCUUUUUGGAGCCCGUGCUGUCAGCAGAGCCAAACGAUGGCAGUGGCAGUUUAGGCCCUUGUCAAAUAAGACUGGAGUACGAAUUCAGCGGCCAUUUGGCAAGGCAAGUGACUGGCAACGAAACAGAUUCUACAACAGGUCUUCUAAUGCAUCUGCCUCUUAUGAGAACUCACAGGAAAGAUUUAGCAAUACACCUUGGGCAAUGACUCGAGAAAGCUCAUCAGAUGGUUCAAGUGAUACCUCUCCGGACAGAUCCAGUGAUCAAUUUCAUUGGAGGUCGAGAGAGAGGUCACAUGAUGGAUCCAGAGAGAGGUCACAGGACAGAUUAAGACAGAGGUCAGUUGAAGGAUCCAGAGAAAGGUCGCAGGAUAGAUUUAGGGAGAGGUCAGUUGAUGAAUCAAGUGAGAGGUCGCAGGACAGAUUGAGACAGAGAUCACAUGAAGGAUCCAGAGACAGGUCGCAGGAUAGAUUUAGGGAGAGGUCAGUUGAUGUAUCCAGUGAGAGGUUGCAGAAUAGAUUGACAGAGAGGUCGCAGGAUAGACUGACAGAGAGGUCUCAAGAUAGAUUGUCAGAGAGGUCUCAAGAUAGAUUGUCAGAGAGGUCUCAAGAUAGAUUGACAGAGAGGUCUCAAGAUAGAUUGACAGAGAGGUCAUGUGAUGGAUCCAGAGAGAACUUACUGGCUGGAUCUCUAGAUGGAUCACUUGAUGGGUCUCGAGAAAGGUCUUCAGAAGGAUCUUGUGAUAAAUAUGGCUCAUCCUGUGAUAGAAAGCUUAUGAAAGCACAGGAGAGACCAUGUGAUGUUCAAAGGGAUGUGUUGAAUUCAGUUUCCAGGGAAAUGUCAAGAGAAAGGUGCAGUUCUUCAUCAGAAGAUGUGUGCAAUGACAGACGAAGGGCAUGUGAAAAGACAUCUGAGAGGCCUGAAAAUGUUUCAGCAAAGACAAAACCAUGUGACCCCACGAACCUCACAAGAACAAGGGUAAGGUCAAUGGAGUUCAACCGUGAUCAACAGACACAAUUUGAGCAAAGAUCAUCCAGAAUUACAAAAUCAGGAACUCCCACACUGCAUGGGAGACGGGAAGACGCACCAAACAAACUUUCAUCAUCAGAGAAUGUGGAUAAACAUGACACCAAGAUCUCCUUGUCAACACCAGCAUCCAGUCAGGACAUUGCUAUUGACCUGGACUCACCAUGGUCGCCACCUUCACCAACGUCUGAUGACUCAGAGUUGGAACUGGCACCGGAACCUUCCCAAAAAAGAGCAAAGGACUUUGAACCAGGAGGGUUAGCAAGUGGUAGUUCCCCUGAUGAUAUUGAAGACUGGUAUGGACCAAUGCCACCAAAGAAACGUUCUUCUAAUUUUUCCCCCUCACAAAUUUCUGCUGGGGUCAAAAGUCAUGAGUUGGUGGGCAUAGGGAUAUUGGAACAACAAUCAAAAGAUGACCAAAGUGCAACCAAACAAAACGAACUGCCCCAAGAGACCUUGUCUAAGACCAGCAACAAUAGUACUUUCAGGGGUUGCUGGAUAGAAGUGGGGAAAAUAUCCAAAAAGGGUCCUAAGACUCAGUAUCGCAAAUUUAUGUUGGGCAAGGAUACAAAAUGUUUAAAAAGUGAAAUAUCUGAUAAAGAGCAUGAUUCGGGGAUCAAUUCAAGUUCGGAUAAAAAGGUAAAAGAAGACAAAAGUGAGAGAAAGUCAUCUGGUGAUUCUGAUAACGCUGCAGGUCCUGAGUGGUCACCUGGUGAGGUAGGGAUGCGGAGGCUGGAAGAGGCAUGCACCAUGUCCCUCCAUCAUCCCCCCAUACACAGCUUCACCAGAGAGAUCCUCGAACCUCGAGGGCCUGGAACAAGUAUGCCUUAUAUCAAGCCACAUAAUUUGUCUGACAAGAAGACCAUCAGCACUCUGGAAAGAAUCCGAGCUGAGGAGAUCCAAACUGACACCAAACAAAAAUCAUCAAAGAAAACCCAGAAAAAAUCUCCACUGUAUAUAAACCCUGAGGAAGAGACACCAAACAAGGAUGAGCAUUUUGAUGCCAGUGUUGAGUGUGAAUCUGCAUCCAGUUCCAGACCCUUCUUUCUGAGGUUCACCCCUCAUCGCCUCAGCUAUCAGUCUCCUCUAGCCGUGUUCACUAGCAUGGAGGAGCCCCGAUUGUCUGCUGACUUGCAUCCAAGCAGAAAGAAGAUGUAUCUGCCAUCAGAGGACGCCUCGGCUACAGUUGUGUCCAAACCAACAGGGGUGAAAUCGCUGAGAGAGAGAACCUCUUCUGCAUUACCUUUGGAGGAUAGAAAUGACCUUGAAUUUAUUGAUUCAGAGCUGGAGAAAUCAUAUGAUGAAAAAUUUCCUGACUCAGGUGAUGCUUUGAGACUGCAUAAACGUAUUGAUUCAAGGACCAAGAAGAUGGCCUCCCUUGUGCCGUAUCCAGUGGCCGACCACUCCUUCCAGCAUAGUAUGGCAGAAUCCAGCAAUCUGAAGCUGGACCCAGACGAUGAUACCCGGAGGUGGCAUGGAUCAGGGGGACACAUGUCCAGGGAUGGCAGAAGGAACAGGUCGUUGACAAAGAUGAGAGAGAGCUGCAGUUUAUCAACUGAUCUGUCUUCUUCUCAAAGCAGGAUAACCAGCACCAGCACCACUUCAGACAGCACAAUGGAGACCAGUGACUCGAGCCUCAGUUCUGCAGUCAAACAUCCAAGACAUGGCAAACAUCUAUAUUUGAGCAAUAGAAAACUGUCUUCAUCUCCCAACAGAAACAGUUUGAAAGAAACAUUGGAAUCACCAUCGGUUUCUUCAAAAAACAGGUCAAAGUCUCCAAAAUGGUCAAGGUCAAGGUCAAGGUCUAUGUCUCCAGGGAAUAGCUCCAAGAAAACGUUGCCUGCAACAAGAAAAGGCUCUAGAUCUCCAUCACCUAGCAAAAGAUCUCCGCUAAGAUCAAGAUCUACUUCACCUACCUACCUACUACCUUUUCCUGACACUUCUCGGAAAAGGUUACGAUCGCCCAAUAGGUCACAGAACAGGUCUAGGUCAUCAUCACCGAGGAACAGAUCAGCAUCCCCACUCAAACGGAAGAGAUGUAGGUCUCCUAGAAGAUCCAGGUCAAGGUCACUCACCCCUGACAACACAUCAACCUCACCUAGCAAUCAGUCAAGGUCACCUAACAAUAGGCAAACACUGGAGGAUGGGGAGCCCACAUCUCAAACCAGUCAGACAUCGAACUGUGGGAAGAGUGCUUGGACCUCAACCCCUAAGUAUGAGCGAUGGCAGAGAAAGGCCUUGUCUCGUGGACAGAUGCAGAGGGUUCACCUAAAAAAGCAAGAACUAGAGGCGGCUUUCAAGAGUGACUGUGAGACCAUCUGUAACGUGACCAAGGUUCUAUUGAGUAAGGAUCCAAGUCUGGAAAAACAAAUGUGCAAUAGUGCUAAGAACACUCUGACUGAUCUUGGUGCCAAGUUCGUCACCCAACUGCAAGAGUUCAUCGAUUCACUAAGCUCCCAUGUCCCAAGGUCAAGAAAAAAGGCACCCUAGCACCGCACCCUAGCACGUCAGUCAUCCAGAUGGUGCUGUCCUUAAAAAACAUGCUUAUUGAUAAUCAUGGCAAAGAGAGAUGUUAAAUGUUGUCUUUAUAUGCUUAUGUAUUUUGGAACCAGAGCUGUGCAAAAAGAGGGAAUCACAUCCAUGUGCUCAAAGUAGCAAAUUUUGGUCUUAUAUAGUAAGAUCUCUGCAUUUGUAUGGAUAUGCCCCAUUCAUAGUUGAAAGGAUGAGUGUUUAUGAGUGUAUUUGUGCUUGAAGUAUGUUGACUCUUGAUACAUUACUAAAAAGAAAGAGUCUGCUUGAUUUAUGUGUGUGCUUGGACUCUGUGUGCUUGUAGUAUGUGUGUGCUUGAAGGAUGUAUGUGCUUGAGGGAUGUGUGUGCUUGAGGAAUGUGUGUGCUUGAAGGAUGUGUGUGCUUGAAGGAUGUAUGUGCUUGAAGGAUGUGUGUGCUUGGGGGAUGUAUGUGCUUGAAGGAUGUAUGUGCUUGUAGUAUGUGUGUGCUUGAGGGAUGUAUGUGCUUGAAGGAUGUAAGUGCUUGAAGGAUGUAUGUGCUGGUAGUAUGUGUGUGCUUGAAGGAUGUAUGUGCUUGUAGUAUGUGUGUGCUUGAGGGAUGUAUAUGCUUGUAGUAUGUGUGUGCUUGAGGAAUGUGUGUGCUUGAAGGAUGUAAGUGCUUGAAGGAUGUAUGUGCUUGUAGUAUGUGUGUGCUUGAGGAAUGUGUGUGCUUGAAGGAGGUGUGUGCUUGAAGGAUGUGUGUGCUUGAAGGAUGUAUGUGCUUGAAGGAUGUGUGUGCUUGGGGGAUGUAUGUGCUUGUAGGAUGUGUGUGCUUGAAGGAUGUAUGUGCUUGUAGUAUGUGUGUGCUUGAGGAAUGUGUGUGCUUGAAGGAGGUGUGUGCUUGAAGGAUGUAUGUGCUUGUAGGAUGUAUGUGCUUGAAGGAUAUAUGUGCUUGUAGGAUGUAUGUGCUUGUAGUGUGUAUGUGCUUGUAAUAUGUGUGCUUGAGGGAUGUGUGUGCUUGAGGAAUGUGUGUGCUUGAAGGAUGUAAGUGCUUGUAGUAUGUGUGCUUGAGGAAUGUGUGUGCUUGAAGGAUGUGUGUGCUUGAAGGAUGUAUGUGCUUGGGGGAUGUAUGUGCUUGAAGGAUGUAUGUGCUUGUAUGUGUGUGCUUGAGGGAUGUAUGUGUUUGAAGGAUGUAAGUGCUUGAAGGAUGUAUGUGCUUGUAGUAUGUGUGUGCUUGAGGGAUGUGUGUGCUUGAAGGAUGUAUGUGCUUGUAGUAUGUGUGUGCUUGAGGGAUGUAUGUGCUUGAAGGAUGUGUGUGCCUGAGGGAUGUGUGUGCUUGAAGGAUGUAUGUGCUUGAAGGAUAUAUGUGCUUGAAGGAUGUAUGUGCUUGAGGGAUGUAUGUGCUUGAAGGAUGUAUGUGCUUGAAGGAGGUGUGUGCUUGAAGGAUGUAUGUGCUUGAAGGAUGUAUGUGCUUGAAGGAGGUGUGUGCUUGAAGGAUGUAUGUAUGGGAAGAGAAUGCAUCAGGAAGAAUAUACAAUUUUGAAACAAUGUAUAUGCAUGGAGUUUAUGCAUGCAAGAUAAUGUCCAUGUAUAUUUGAAUGAUAUGAGUGCUGAAGGAUGAGCAUGCUUGAUGCUGCAUGUACAUGAUUAAUAAAGUAUUACAUCCUUGAAGUUUGUGGAUACUCAAAGUGUUAAACUGCUUUAUGAAAUUAUGAAUGCUUGUGGAAUAUGUGAACAUUGAAGGAAGUAUAUACAUGUUUGCAGUAGCUAAGUAAAUAAAUUAGGGAUUACCGUU